CAGUUCCGAGAACUGACGACCUCUCUGGAGUGUCUGUAUAGUUUGAUCAACGGAGACGACAUCUACACCACAUUAGCCACCAUGAAUCAGGCUCAUUCCCUUUCUACCACCGGAGUCUGGUUAUUCAGCAGGUUGUACCUCUACAUGUUCAUCUCCCUCUUCAUCUACGUCGUUCUCAGCAUGUUCAUCACCAUCAUCGCUGACACCUACGAUUCAAUCAAAGUAUAUUCUUAUAGCGAAUCAUUUCAUUUCUAA